AUGGCCCUCGUUGAACAAACUCACCGUAACUCAGUUACCUCCUCCAAGACCGUGACUGAAGGUGCUGUGACACAUGGACUCGAGAAACAGAAGGACAACGAACAGGUUGCAGAAAAGCCAUAUAGCAUAUACACCCGCCGAGAAAAAUGGUUUAUUGUAAUGGUCGCCUCCUCGGCUGCAUUGUUUAGCCCGCUGACUGCAAAUGUGUACUUUCCUGCAAUACCGACAAUCGCUUCAGCUUUCCACACGUCUAUAGAGUCAAUCAACCUGAGCGUCACCGUUUACAUGGUCCUUCAAGGUAUCUCUCCUAUGUUCUGGGGGACCAUGGCGGACAGCGUUGGGCGACGUCCCAUUCUUCUCGCUUGUCUCCUUGUCCUGUGUUUAUCUUGCAUCGGCUUGGCUUUGGUCCCGACCUCAGCGUACUGGUUAUUAAUGCUCUUGCGAUGCAUCCAGGCCGCUGGUUCUGCCAGCACAGUCGCACUUGGUGCUGGAGUAAUUGGAGAUAUAGGCACUCCUGCAGAACGCGGGGGCUUUUUCGGCAUAUUUGCCUUGGGUCCACAAGUUGGACCUGCCCUGGGACCUAUUGUUGGUGGUAUCCUUGCAGAUAAGCUCGGAUGGAGAUCUAUCUUCUGGUUUCUAUGCAUGAUGUCUGCCGCAUGUUUCGCUCUCAUGCUCAUUUUCCUACCUGAAACACUCCGUCGACUGGUGGGUGAUGGCAGUGUGAUACCGUCGCCUUUCUAUCGUCCCCUCGUGCCACUUGUUGGGAAAGGGCGCCCCCCAAGUCCGCUAAUGAACAAUCCGCUACGCCUCUUAUUCUAUCUGGACGUUCUGAACCUUCUCGUAUUCAAUGGAAUUCUAUAUGCGGUCUUCUAUGCGGUGAAUACCACGAUAUCCACGAUAUUCGCGACCAAGUACCCGUUCCUGAACGAAAUAGAUAUAGGAUUGUGUUUCCUAGUGAUUGGUGGGGGGAUGACGAUUAGCACUGUUCUAUCCGGCAAAAUGCUAGAUGCUGAUUUUCAAAGAACCAAGAAUAGGCUCGUGAAGAAGGCUGAAGAAGAUCCUGAGAAGCGCAUACGUCCCGAGGACGUGACUAGGGAGGAGAAUUUCCCAGUAGAAAGAGCCAGGCUGAGGAUGAUACCCAUAUUCACCGCCAUUUUUGUCUUGACAUGCGGUGGUUAUGGGUGGUCGCUUCAGCGAGAGACGAAUAUCGCUGUUCCACUGAUCCUGCAAUUUAUCUUGGGUUAUACAUUCAUGGCUAUUAUGAACUGCAUGCAGACGCUACUCGUUGAUCUACUACCGUCACAGAGUUCUUCCAUUACUGCAUGUAAUAAUCUGGUCCGAUGUUCCUUGGGUGCUUUGAUGGUCUCGGUCAUAGACUUGCUUGUCAACGCGUUAGGUCCUGGUUGGACCUAUGUACUGCUUGCAGGCAUAUGCAUGGCGUGCUCUCCCAUGAUCUGGCUUGCUAUUUGGAUUGGUCCACGCUGUCGUGCAAAGCGACGGGCCCGUAAUACUGCCGCUUGA